CAAAGCUUCUGGAGUUCUAGUCUUGUGGAAAAUAAGGCAGAAAUAAGGCCACCAUUUAGUCCUCCAACCCGAGAAGAUGAGGUCUGUAUCAGUGGCUCUAUCUGUGCCUCUGCGCUUGCAUACUUCUGUUCCUAGAGUCAUUUUAUCCGGACGUAUGCUACCUCCAUCAUCUCAUAGCUGCUAUGCGCUUCUUCUCAAGUUCGAUCCAUGUCUGCCAUCAACAUGUCUGAUCAGGAAAUUGCUAGGCGGCCGACAGAUUACCAACCUCCCAUCUGGAGUUUUGAAUAUAUUCAGUCACUGAAAACUGAAAAUGCGGGAGAAGGAUACAACAGGCGUGCGGACAAGUUAAAGGAAGAUGUGAGAGUGAUGCUACAAGAGGAGAUUUUCAAUGGUUUCAGAGAUAAGGGUGGGAACUUUAAGGCUUACGUUGGGGAAAAUUACAAGGGAAUACUAUAUCUCUAUAUGAAGCCUCAUUCCAUUCAGUGGAAGGUGAAAGCAUAUUGGAUGCUGCAAGAGCUUUUGCAACCAAGCAUCUCAAAGAAUAUAUCAAGGUUAACCAAGGCAAAGAUAUGUAUCUUUGCACACUAGUGAGUCAUGCCCUGGAGCUCCCGCUUCGUUAGAGGAUGAUUAGGAUGGAAGCAAGAUGGUUCAUGGAAGUUUAUCAACAAAGUCCACGUGUGAAC